UGGACGCGCCUUAAAGCAGCUGAAUUCACUAACAAUGAGGGGAGUCCACAAACAUUUGGACAGAUAGCCUAUAGUGUAUGAGAGAUCUGGAGAUUGUAGGUCGCUGUUUUAGUACAUUAAGCCACGCUAAGCUUUUAUUUCACGUUAAGCGUUUUAUAAAGCCCCCGAUAGCCUAUACAUAAUCCGUUAGUGUUCUAUAGCACGAUGAUUGGAUUUAUAGCCGAGCUUGGAUCAGUCAAAUCUCCUUUUGCCCGGUCAGUAUGGUGCUCUACGGACCGUGGGCCCGGUCGUGUUCUCUCAUUAAGCGGAACAGUAGAUGGAUAUCUACUCAGAGGCGACACAGUCUGUUUUAGUCAGUGUUUUUAUCUCCUUCCAAUUCGAUCCGCCUGACAUGUAAUUCUGGGCACAUAAUCAGCCAGUAGGCGAAGCUUAUAGGGCACUAAGCUGCGGCAUGUCCCCAUUCGCCCGCAAACGGAGAGAGAGAGAGAGAUAGAUAAAGAGAGAGAGAGAGAGAGAGAGAGAGAGAGAGAGAGAGAGAGAGAGAGAGAGUGUCUGACUCGAAGGCGACACACAGUGAAGUGUCCUCAGGAGGGAACACCGGCGGAUUUUCUUCCUGGACUCUCCACAGACAGACGGGCAGCUCCGCUGAGAUGUGGGAUCAGGUUGUGUCGUCUCCCUAUGUGAAGUAUGGCGCAGUCCUCUCGCUGACAGCAGGCUGCCUUAUUUUGGUGCGGAAAUGGAUAGCUGGCGGUACGUGCAAAAGUAAAGCUCGCCUUGAUGGAAAGACAGUGUUGAUUACCGGAGCCAACACUGGCAUCGGAAAGGAAACAGCACGGGAUCUGGCUCGCAGAGGGGCUCGGGUGGUGAUGGCCUGUCGGGACCUGACAAGGGCUGAGAAGGCUGCGGAGGAGAUUCAGCGAACCACAGGAAACGGGAAUGUGGUCAUCCGACACCUGAACCUGGCCUCUCUUUAUUCUGUUCGUGAGUUUGCCAAAGACUUCUUAGCCACAGAAGAACGACUUGACAUCCUUAUCAACAAUGCAGGUGUUAUGAUGUGUCCUAAGUGGAUCACAGAGGAUGGCUACGAGACACAGCUGGCAGUCAAUCAUUUGGGCCACUUUCUGCUCACCAAUCUCCUGUUGGAUUUGCUUAAGAGCUCCACCCCCAGUCGUGUGGUGACUGUGUCCAGCAUUGCACAUGUUGGCGGAAAGAUUGAAUUUGAUGAUCUGUUUUUUGACAAGAGGCCAUACAACUCUCUGGUCAGCUACAAACAGAGCAAGCUGGCUAAUGUGCUGUUCUCCAGGGAACUUGGUCGUCGGAUGAGAGGUACUGGGGUGACGUCUUAUAGCCUGCACCCUGGAGUGAUCCGCACAGAGCUGGGCCGCCAUGUGGAGUCUUGGCACCCGCUGCUGAAGACUGUACUCUCUCUCCCUUGCAUCCUGCUAAUGAAAACACCCUGGCAGGGUGCACAGACAUCCAUCUACUGCGCUGUGACUGAGGGCCUAGAGAGCAAAUCUGGCUGCUACUUCAGUGACUGUGUUGAGAGGGAGCCGGCUCCAGAGAGUAAAGACGAUGAAGUGGCCCGGAGACUGUGGGAGGAGAGUGCUCGGCUGGUGGGUUUGACUAAAGAACGGUAGUCUCUGCAUCGGCAGCCUUGUGCUCCACAAAGAUGGAUGGAUCUGAUGCGCUUUCACUAUGGAAUGGAAUCUGAUGGGUACCACCGUCGCACAUUAGUAUCCAGAAACCUAACAGCAGUUAAACUGCCUCGUGUUUAGUGACGAGCAGUUUUAUUUGUCCCCUAAAUCCCCUGUACCUAACAGGGCUGUUUGCUACAUUUAAGACACUUUCACUCAAUGAGGCCAAGUUAGCUACAUUCUGACUAAAUGGAUGUUGGAGGUGUUUUUGAUCUUCCACUGCUGAGGUAUGUCAUUUGCUUUUGGCUGCGUCAGUGAAAGUGACAGGGCUUGUAUUUAAAAUAGCUGCGUUGCUACCUAAAAAGGCCAAACUGACCAUGUUUCAGCUGCAAUCCAAGUGCAGCUUAAAGAGUGAUGCAUUCCUUUAUCACCCCUGCUGUGUGUCACACUCUUAACGCUUCUCCUCGUGGUUAUGGCUGCAGCAAACAUGCUUCCAAGCGUUGGCGUGAGAGAUCCGAAAAUAGGAGGACAACUCAAGUCACAGAAGUACUUGCGUCACCAGGGAAACUAGCAUGAUGCCCAUUUAUUCACGAAAAUGUACUAAUCUCAGGAAUUAAUGUUAUCCUUGACCAACUUGAUAUCUGAGCUUUUAAAAAAAGGGCUGUUUUGCACUCUGUUGGUUAAAGAAGAAAAGGUUAUUACUGAAAUCGGAGGCUGUCUACUUACUGCACUGUAUGUUUAUCUGCAAUAUGGCAUCUCACUUUUUUUACAUGUUCAUGAGCUGCUGUGCACAGUCCACACAGUUACAUGUGUAGCCAUCACUGCUUUCUCAGAUGAGUGCUUUAAAACCCAUCUGAACUCAUAUAAUGGAUAUUAGCGGCGGAGGAAGAAGAAACUUUAUGUAAUAACAUUGUGAUAACAUUGUAAUUACUCUAUUAAACAU